AUGUCUCUCACGUUUAUCAUCAUCAUCAUCGUUUUCGUUGCGAUUACUUUUACUACGACGACGACAAUAAGAACGGCAGCGACGAAUCGUGAAAGCAUAGAUACCGAAGUAAUUCUGUAUCUACAAAAGUACGGCUACUUAAGUAAAGCUGACAACAAUACGCAAUUAUCAUUCGAAGAGGGAGAACUUAAACAGGUUAUUUCGUUGUUUCAAGAAUAUUAUCAAAUACAGGGCGAUGGUAUGAAUAACUAUACGUUGUAUCAGAUGCGUAAACCACGAUGUGGUCGCCCUGACAUCUACGAGUAUAAUAUAGGUAGACGUAAAUGGGCGAAAACACAUCUCACGUGGAAUUUCCAGCUAGCGGAUCCACAAACCUUGCAAACUACCGAAUUCGCGUUCUCGCUAUGGGCAGCUAAUUCAUCUUUAUCGUUCGAACAUAAAACGGUAAAUCCCGAUAUCUUGAUAUUUUAUCGUAGUGGGACACACACGUACGCUGAUCGUAGACGCAACGAAGAAAUUUGCACCUCUUCGUUAGAUGGACCUGGUGGAGUACUCACUCACGCGUUCUAUCCUCCUACCGUUAACAAUUACAGCAGUGAAAUACACAUAGAUAGUACAGAACCGUGGCAUAUAUAUCUAACUGACAAAUCUGCUAGUAGUAACAAGGACUAUCUGCUUAACACGUUAAUACCAAAGAGGAUAAGAUAG